AUGAAGAUCGCGGUGUUUAGCGCACAGCCCUACGACCGGCAGUUCCUUGACGAAGCUAACGAACAGCUCUUCUCGUCGAAUGCCUCGAACGAAACCUCAUUCGAGCUCAUCUACCACAACACGGCCCUAUCCCUCGAGACCGCGCCCCUAGCCGGCGGCUCCCCCGCCGUCUGCGCUUUCGUCAACGACCAACUCGACGCCGCGACCCUCUCAUCCCUCCACGCCAACGGCACGCGCGCGAUCCUCCUCCGCUGCGCCGGCUUCAACAACGUCGACCUCGCCGCCGCAAAGCAGCUCAACCUCUUCGUCGCCAACGUGCCGGCCUACUCCCCCGAAGCGGUGGCCGAGUACGCCGUCGCGCUGCUGCUGACGCUGAACCGGCGCACGCACCGCGCCUUCAACCGCGUGCGCGAGGGCAACUUCAACCUCAAUGGCCUCAUGGGUUUCACCGUGUACGGCAAGACUGUCGGCAUUGUCGGCACGGGCAAGAUCGGGCUGGCGACUGCGAGGAUCCUGAAGGGGUUUGGAUGCCGCUUGUUGGCGUAUGAUCCGUUUACCGUGCCUGCGUUCCAGGAACUAGGCGAGUACGUCGACCUCGACACUCUGCUGAGCGAGUCGGAUGUCGUGUCGCUGCACUGUCCGUUGAUGGAGUCGACGCGGAACCUGAUCAAUAGCGCGACGCUGGCGAAGAUCAAACCGGGGGCUAUUCUUGUCAACACUUCGCGAGGCGGGCUGAUCGACACGCCGGCGGUUAUCACGGCGCUGAAGGAGAGGAGGCUGGGUGGGCUGGCGUUGGAUGUGUAUGAUCAGGAGAGCUCACUAUUCUAUCUUGAUAGGUCUUCGGAAAUCAUCCACGACGACUACUUCUCGCGCCUGAUGACCUUCCCAAACGUCAUCAUGACGGGCCACCAGGGCUUCUUUACCCGCGAGGCCUUGCGCGAGAUCUCAGAGGUCACGCUCAGGAAUAUGGAGGCCUUUGCCAAGGGGUCGCCAUGCAAAAACGAUCUGGUAGGUGGAAGGGGAGUUCUGUCGCCGAGGCCGUGA